CAGGAGUUCCGUAUUUUCCCGUUCCGCUUUUCGUGUUAUCCGACUUCGUGUGAGAGCCAUCCCGCGUUUAUUAUUUUGUUUACACGGUGUAAGGCUUACACUGAACGAAUGAAAUAAGUCUAAAUAUACUGCACUUAGAUUCCUCCCACCAAGAAGCCAAGCUGAAUACGUGUAACGGAGAAGAGCCCUGUCUUACUCUUCAGGUCAGCAAAAUGUCUGGCAAUCCGAAGGACAUAUGUGAUGACAGCGAGCCAGCUGAGGAAGGCGCCUGUGGUGGUGUUGCCUCCUCCUCCAGAGAAAAUGAAAAUACCAACAACUCUUUGCUUCCCUCAGUUCCAGCAACUGUGGGUAGUUCUAAACCAGCGUUCACGGAAGACGUAAUCGUCACUAACAACGCCAGCCAAGGAGGAACAGAAACUAAUCGCCAGUCCACCCAGACUUCCGAGCGCCAGGACAUGGCUUUGCCCUACAGUGAAAUAGAAAUGGACCAGGACUUGCAAGGUAACCACAGGGCUCCAACCACCGGAUAUAAUAUUAAUUACUCCAAGGUGAACGAGAGACCUAGCAUCUGUGCUUAUAUCUUAACAGCCGUAUCAUUUCUGUUGAUUGUCGUUCAAGAGUACGAGAGAGCAGUAAUAUUCAGACUUGGCAGACUUUUGAGAGGUGGUGCGAAAGGCCCAGGCAUAUUCUUCAUCAUCCCGUGCAUCGACACCUACUGCAAAGUGGAUUUGAGGACAGUUUCAUUUGAUGUGCCACCUCAAGAGAUUCUGUCCAGAGACUCCGUAACUGUGGCCGUCGACGCCGUGGUUUACUACCGGAUCAGUAAUGCUACCAUUGCCAUCUCCAACGUGGAAGAUUAUGGCCACUCAACACGUCUCCUAGCAGCAACCACUCUCAGGAAUGUUCUGGGAACCAAAAAUCUCUCGGAAAUUCUCUCCGAAAGAGAAAGCAUUAGCCACGUGAUGCAGGCCAGUUUGGAUGAAGCUACUGACCCUUGGGGAGUGAAAGUGGAACGCGUAGAAAUAAAAGACGUACGUUUACCUGUCCAACUGCAGAGAGCAAUGGCCGCUGAAGCUGAAGCAACUCGGGAAGCUCGCGCUAAGGUAAUCGCAGCAGAAGGAGAGCAGAGGGCCUCACGAGCAUUGAAGGAAGCCUCGGAAGUAAUUGCUGACUCAUCUGCUCUCCAGCUCCGUUAUCUUCAGACUCUGGGCUCCAUCGCCACGGAGAAGAAUUCCACCAUUGUUUUUCCCAUUCCUCUAGAACUUUUCAGAGGAUUUUUGAAGAAAGACGUUUGAAGACGUUACAAAAACACAGAUUGAAAUAGCUAUACAUGCACUCAAAACAAAUGUUUCGUCACUACCGGUUCUAAAUGUAUUUUUUCAUAGUACAACAUAACACUGUAAGUUGAUCACCAAUAAGUACUAUUUCAUAUAGUAGGAGCUUCGUAAAGCUCAUUGGAGAUUUGUCCAACCUAUCGUGGCAAUGACUCACUAUUGAAAAUCCAAAUAUACAAGGAAACUAGCUAAAACUGGUACAUACUUACUCAUAACUUCGUGAUGUAGCCUCUUUAUUUACCUUUUCUUUAAACAUAUAUUUUUUUCUCCUUUUUUUUGUCGCAUCACUAUGGUUUGAGAAAGUCGCUAUAAAUAUUUGGAUUUUUUUAUCUGUGUCGUAAACCAUGUACCAAAAAAAGUGUGAGUAAUUAUGUUGUACUUUUGAUAUCUUGUUGUUGUAUUUUGUCAAACAUUGUAAUUUAGAUGAUGUGAUGUAUCUAAUGAAGCUGGUUUAUCCGUAAUAAAAAACUGUUUAAGUGAAUUACACACCAAAGUCUUCAAACAAUCAAUACUAGCAAAAAAUUAUGAUAAUGCGCAGAACAACAAAGGUUAGGCUUAAAAAACAAAGUAGGUUUUACACAAAUCUGAUAAAGUGGUUGUUUUAUUGAAAUUUUCCAGCGUAAUUGUUUCCAAAUCUUUCUGUUGUUGUUGUUGUUUCUUUUUAAAAACAAACACCCAACAACCUAAUUAAUCUUUCUGAGAAUAAAUGCAAGUUUAAAGGUUAUAUUGGGUUUCGGUGAAAACGUUAUUUCUUGUAAGGAUUAUUAAUAAUCCAUCCGAUAUAUGGUUAUUAUUGUGUGUGAAGUUUUUUUUUAUAUAAAUCAUAUACAAAUUACACUAUGGUAAAGAAGUAAUUUUACGGUGAAAACUUUGUUAUCUUAAAAAAAUAAAACAAUAACUAUUGAUUAAUACUUCGGGUAUUUAUUUAAUGAACUAAAUAUAUUUCUUGUAAGUAAUAGCUGAAUUAAACUUUCUGACAGAAAAAAAUCAA